AUGUCCACCUCGGGUCGGAUUUCGACGUGUUCUGGCGUCUAUACAGCAGCCAAUCGUCCGACUCCCUCUCCAUCUCGGAUUGCUUACGAUUCGGCCAAAAAAAAGGGGGUCGGGCUUGAAAUACUUUACCCCGCAGAAAAAGGGGGUCGGGCUUGA